GCUGUUGUUAGUUGAGAUGCUUUGGCUAAAAUUGUGUACUCAAGAUUGUUUGAUUGGAUCGUGGAUAAGAUUAAUAGUUCAAUCGGACAAGACCCUGACUCAAAGUUCUUAAUUGGGGUGCUGAAUAUUUAUAGAUUUGAGAAUUUCAAGACAAACAGUUUUGAGCAAUUCUGCAUUAAUUUGACAAAUGAGAAACUUCAGCAGCAUUUCAAUUCAACUAGCAUGUUUUCAAGAUGGAGCAAGAAGAGUAUACAAAAGAAGAAAUUGAAUGGAGCUAUAUAGAUUUUAUUGAUAAUCAAGAUGUUCUGGACCUCAUUGAAAAGAAACCUGGUGGUGUAAUAGCUCUUCUGGAUGAGGCUUGUAUGUUCCCAAGAUCAACACAUGCCACAUUUGCUCAGAAGCUGUACCAGACAUUUAAAAAUCAUAAGCGCUUCAGCAAGCCAAAAUUGUCUCGAAGUGACUUCACAAUUUGCCAUUAUGCUGGUGAUGUCACUUAUCAAACUGAAUUAUUCCUGGACAAGAAUAAAGAUUACGUUGUUGCUGAACAUCAGGCCCUUUUGAGUGCCUCCAAAUGUCUCUUUGUGUCAGGUUUGUUUCUGCCUUUAGCAGAAGAAUCAUCAAAGACCUCAAAAUUCUCUUUAAUAGGUUCUCAAUUUAAGCAACAAUUGCAAGCAUUGCUUGAAACUCUCAGUUCCACUGAGCCACAUUACAUUCGAUGUGUAAAGCCCAAUAAUCUUCUUAAACCAGCAAUAUUUGAGAAUAAAAGUGUUCUGCAGCAACUACGAUGUGGGGGAGUCAUGGAGGCAAUCAGGAUUAGUUGUGCUGGAUAUCCUACUAGAAAAUCAUUUUAUGAAUUUGUAGAAAGAUUUGGCAUCCUUGCACCAGAAGUUUUGGAUGAAAGUUCUGAUGAGGUCACUGCUUGUAAGAGGCUUUUGGUGGAGGCGGGACUCCAAGGCUAUCAGAUUGGUAAGACAAAGGUUUUCCUCAGGGUUGGUCAAAUGGCUCAACUGGAUGCCUGUAGGAGUGAGAUCUUAGGAAGAUCAGCUUUCAUUAUCCAGAGGAAAGUCUGUUCUUAUUUAACUCGCAGGAGUUUUGUUUUGCUUCGUUUGUGUGCAAAUACAUAUUCAAUCUGUAUGCAGAGAGGGGAUCUUGCUCGCAAAAUUUAUGAUGGCAUGAGAAGAGAAACUGCCUGUCUGAGGAUCCAGAGAGGUUUGCGUAGGCAUCUUGCAAGGAAAGCAUAUAAAGAAUUGUGUUCCUCUGCAGUUCCCAUCCAGACUGGUAUGCAUGGAAUGGCUGCUCGAAAUGAGCUAUGCUUAAGAAGGCAGACUAGAGCCGCAAUCAAAAUUCAGAGCCAAUGUCGCAAAUACUUAGCUCAAUUGCAUUAUGUGAAAUUGAAGAAAUCAUCAAUUACAACACAGUGUGCAUGGAGAGGAAGAGUUGCACGCAAGGAACUGAGGAAGCUUAAGAUGGCUGCAAGGGAAACUCGAGCUCUGCAAGCUGCCAAAAAUAAAUUGGAAAAGCAAGUUGAAGAGCUGACAUGGAGAUUACAGCUAGAGAGAUGCAUGAGGGUUGACAUCGAAGAAGCUAAAACACAAGAAAAUGCACAACUUCACUCUGCUUUGGAAGAAGUUCAACUUCAGUUCAAAGAAACCAAAGAACUGCUCAGGAAGGAAUGUGAAGCUGCAAGGAGGACAGCUGAGGUGGUUCCUAUUAUACAAAAGGUUUCAGUUGUUAACCAUGAAAUGCUGAAGGAACUGGUGAGUUCAUUGGAAAAGAAGAUUGAUGAAACAGAGAAAAAGUUAGUUGAGACAAACAAAAUAAGUGAAGAAAGGUUGAAGCAAGCCCUGGAAGCUGAGUCAAAAAUAAUUCAUUUGAAGACUGCUAUGAACAGUCUUGAAGAGAAAAUUAUUGACAUGGAAUCUGAAAACAAAUUCCUGAGGCAGCAAAACCUGUUAUGUUCGGCCAUUAAGAAGAUUUCAGAGCAUCCACCAAUUUCACCCUUGCAGGUAAAUAUAUGCUUAGUUUGGAAAAUGGAAACCAUGUGGAUGAAGAGAACAAAUCAAAUACAUUCUUUCCACUGGAACCACCAAAUGCAACCCCAGUUAAGAAGUACAGAAUCUGACGUCAACUUUGGCAGAUCACUGCUUGAUCACCAACAUGACAAUGUUGAUGCUCCUAUGAAUUGUGUUUCAAAAAACAUUGGAUUCAGUCAGGGAAAACCUGUUGCAGCAUUUACCAUUUACAAAUCUCUUCUCCACUGGAAAUCUUUUGAAGCUGAAAGGACUAGUGUGUUUGAUCAUCUCAUUCGGUUGAUUGGUUCUGCUAUUGAGAACGAAGAUAAUAAUGAUCAAAUGGCUUAUUGGUUAUCAAACACAUCUACAUUAUUGUUUUUGCUUGAAAGAAGUCUGAAGUCUGCUGGUUCAGCUCUGAGUAGGAAACCACCGUCUACAACCUCUCUGUUUGGGAGGAUGGCCAAGAGUUUUCGUUUGUCUCCUUCUAACAACCUUGCUGCUGCUGCUGCUGCACUUGCUGUAGUUUGGCAAGUACAGGCAAAACAACCAGCAUUGCUUUUCAUGCCGCAGGUUGCAGCAUAUGUUGAAAAAAUUUGUGGAAUCAUCAGAGACAACUUGAAGAAAGAGUUUCAUUCCUUACUUAUGUAUCCAGCACCAAGAACAUCAAAGGGAAGCAUACUACGAUCAGGGCGGUCAUUUGGCAAAGACUCUUCUUCUAGUCAUUGGCAGAGCAUCAUUUAUAGCCUCAAUACCCUUCUUUGCACUUUGAAAGAAAAUUUUGUGCCUCCAGUUCUUGUCCAGAAGAUCUUUACUCAGACAUUUUCGUACUUUAAUGUGCAAUUGUUUAAUAGCCUUCUUCUGCACCGUGAGUGUUGUACAUUUAGCAAUGGAGAAUAUGUGAAGUCUGGAUUAGCUGAGUUAGAGCUUUGGAGCUGCCAGGCAAAAGAAGAGUAUUCAGGGUCGUCAUGGGAUGAACUUAAGCACAUAAGGCAGGCUGUUGGAUUCUUGGUUACACAUCAGAAGUACAGAAUUUCCUAUGAUGAAAUCACAAAUGAUCUUUGCCCCAUCCUUAGUGUUCAACAACUUUAUAGAAUGUGUACUCUCUACUGGGAUGAGUCGGAUGACAACUAUAAUACUCGAAGUGUAUCUCCCGAUGUCAUUUCCAGCAUGAGGAUACUCAUGACAGAGGAGUCCAACAGUGCUGAAAGCAGUUCAUUUUUAUUGGAUGACAAUUCCAGGAUUCGCUUCUCUGUCGUUGAUCUUUCGAAUUCAAUUCCAUUAAAGGACUUCUUAGAUGUCCAACCAGCGGAGGAACUCCUUGAGAAUCCAGCCUUCCAGUUUCUGCACGAGUGAGGAUUUACAAGCUCAAAUAUGCUCUUUCCCAUUUUUUCAUCGUGGUGGGCAGUAUGGAAUUCGAUUAUUGAUGGUAAAGAAAGUACCCUUCUAAAUUCAAUUCUUUUUUCCUCCCCUCUACAUUUUUUUUUUGACUUUCUAAAUCCAUGCCCCUAUUGAAAAAUGUUCCAUUGUUUAUUUUUUAAAAAAUUCAAUUUGUAAAAUCUGUCGUAAGACGCAUGGGAGCUUGCUUCAGUGGGCCUCUUUCGCCCUCAUAUUAUUUUUGUUCUUUAUGCCAUAAUAGGCAGCAGUGAUUUUAUAGGAAGUUCAGGUGGCAUGCAGUGUCAAAUUAUUUUGGUGGCUGAGGCAAUGGUUGAUCUCUCCACCCAGUUUUUGUUGUAUAAAGAAACCUAGUACAAUGGC